GCGCGCCUCUGGGUGCGCGCAGGAGGACCCGUCCCUACAGCAGCGGAGCAGCAGCGCAUCCAUCCUGCCGUGGAGCCGCGAGCGUGGAGCCGCGAGGAGCACACAGAGAGAGAGAGAGAGAGAGAGAGAGAGAGAAGAUGGACGGAGUGGGAUCGUUCGGAGCGGGCCGGACCGGGUCCACCAUGGACCCGAUCACCUUCGCCAAACAGCCGCAGACCAUCCUCAGAGCGCUGUCCUGGAUAUUUUCCCUGGUGGUCUUUGCUUCCAUCGUGAACGAGGGUUACGUCAACAUCGGCAGCGAGCGUCUCCACUGCGUCUUCAAUAAGAACGCAGACGCCUGUAACUACGGCGUGUUCAUGGGCCUGGUGGGCCUGCUGGCGUGCUCCUUCUUCUUCCUGCUCGACUACAAGUUCUCCUCCAUCAGCUCCGUCAAGGACAGGAAGAAGGCUGUGAUGCUGGAGAUCGGCUUCUCAGGUUUCUGGACCUUCCUGUACUUUGUAAGUUUCUGUUUCCUGGCCAAUCAGUGGUCACGGACCACGCCUGAUGAGCUGCCACUCAACCAGGGGGCAGAUGCAGCUCGGGCAGCGAUCGCCUUCUCUUUCUUCUCCAUAAUCACCUGGGCUGGUCUAACGGUGCGUGCGGUCCAGAAGUAUCUGCUGGGCACAGACAUGACCCUGUUCACCACGGAGCACAUGGACGGCGGCGCGCCCACCCAGCCGUACCCGUCCAAUUCACCGGAAGGUGGCAACACUGAGACCACAGAGACCUACCAGAGCCCACCAUUCACUGAGAGCAACGCAGCACCCACAUACCAGGUUCCCAUUUACUAGAUAAGAUAGACCUGAUGGUGGGGAGAGGAAGGCCGGGAGAGGGAUGAGGUGAAAGUUAAAGAAAAUUGCUUUCCGUGAUGUUACACGUGCAGUUGUUUAUGUGUUGAUCUGAGCUGAGUUUUCACUAACUGUUAAAAAAAAAUGGCCUCUCCUUCUUUGUUUCCUCCUCUCGUUCCCGUUCCUUCCUUUACAUUCCAGCUUUCUCAGCACUUUUCUAGACCUGUAUGUUGAACCUGCUUUAGCAAAUCCUCAGUGUCGUCAGAUCAGAGCAGAUGAGAGACAGAGAAAACCGGAAGAGGAGAUACAGAAGAGGAGGCCUCUUUGCAGUAUUCAAACACUAUUUUGACAAAAAAAAAAAAAAAAAGAGAUGAAGGAAUUAACAAGUGAGUGACUCCACCUCAGAGCAGUAUUACAUUACUAAAUAUAGCGCAGAAGGCACUCAAGUCCGCCACCUUCAUCUUUUCAUUCAUUGAAGUGUCAAAUCCCCUUUCAUGCCAAACAGUGACGGGGGAAAGUUUCUUUAGCUACAGUACGAUCUGGCUGCCCCCCCCCCCCCCCCUCCCUGCUGCAGUUACAAGUGAUCAUGUGUAUUGAAUCUGCAUGUUUCCAAACUUAGAGAUCAACUAAGUGCCAUACUGUACUGUGUGUCUCAGACAGUGACUUAAUUUAGUAGAUUUCCACAUGCUGUAAAAAAACAAAAAAAACAAAUGACGACAAUGUUUUGUGACCAAGUGCAAUAUCUCACGUUCUUAUGUAGGUAGGUAUAAACUGUACUAUAGGUUGGCUAGUUACCAUCAGAUUAGACCAGCUUCAGGCACUGUCUCAAAUUACUUACGAGUCUUUGAAUUUUACUCACAAAUCUCAGGCAAAUGUGACACAUUGAAUUUGUUUAUCUAAAUUGUCGACCUUGGAUUGAACAAGAUUGGUGAAGUUUGUAAGAUACAGAUGUUAUAUAUAUCCAGAGAAGACUUUCAGAUGAAGCUGUUACAUAAAUAAGUACCUCGUCACAAUAGCCUAACAUGUGAUUCUGGUUUUCACAGUUUGAUCACUCUCAAGUUUCAUUGGGGAUCCAACCUACAACACAGAAAAUCACUCUUUAGUCUGUUAGAUGUCUGUCUCAGGCAUGGAUGGAUUACUAAAGGGCUCAUCAGGUCCAGGCCCAGGGGCCAGAGGAGACAGCGGGACCCUGUGCUGGAACCUCUGUUUGAAGUGACUGUUAACAUCAAUAAUGAAUACUACCACUACAGAGACUGUGAAAAGAUGCACGAUGACCACAAAGAGACAAAAAAAGACUCCAAAGAAGCAACGUGACAACAAAGAGACUGAAGACAGCUACAAAGAGACUGAAGACAGCUACAAAGAGACUAAAGACAGCUACAAAGAGACUGAAAACAGCUACAAAGAGACUGAAGACAGCCACAAAGAGACUGAAGACAGCUACAAAGAGACUAAAUACAGCUACAGAGAGACUAAAGACAGCUUCAAAGAGACUGAAGACAACUACAAAGAGACUAAAGACAGCUACAGAGAGACUGAAGACAGCUACAAAGAGACUAAAGACAGCUACAAAGAGACUAAAGACAGCUACAGAGAGACUGGAGACAGCUACAAAGAGACUGAAGACAGCUUCAAAGAGACUGAAGACAGCUUCAAAGAGACUGAAGACAACUACAAAGAGACUGAAGACAACUACAAAGAGACUAAAGACAGCUACAGAGAGACUGAAGACAGCUACAAAGAGACUAAAGACAGCUACAGAGAGACUGGAGACAGCUACAAAGAGACUGAAGACAGCUACAAAGAGACUAAAGACAGCUACAGAGAGACUGGAGACAGCUACAAAGAGACUAAAGACAGCUACAAAGAAAACAAAGACAGCUACAAAGAGACUAAACACAGCUACAAAGACACUCAAUACAGCUUUGUAGUUGUCUUGAAUCUAAGACUUAACAACUACAAAAGACAUAAGACAACUACAAAGAGACUGAAGACAACUACAAAGAGACUCAAGACAACUACAAAGAGACUCAAGACAGCUACAAAGAGACAAAACAACUACAAAGACACUUAAUACAGCUUUGUAGCUGUCUUCAAUCUAAGACUAAACAACUACAAAAGACACAAGACAACUACAAAGAGAUAGAAACAACUACAGAGAGACUGAAGACAACUACAAAGAGACUGAAGACAACUACAAAGAGACUAAAGACAGCUACAAAGAGACUGAGGCAGCAACAAAGAGAUUGAAGACAGCUACAAAGAGACUGAAGACAACUACAAAGAGACUAAAGACAGCUACAGAGAGACUGGAGACAGCUACAAAGAGACUAAAGACAGCUACAAAGAGACUAAAGACAGCUACAAAGAGAUUGAAGACAGCUACAAAGAGACUAAAGACAGCUACAGAGAGACUGGAGACAGCUACAAAGAGACUGAAGACAGCUACAAAGAGACUAAAGACAGCUACAAAGAGAUUGAAGACAGCUACAGAGAGACUGAAGACAACUACAAAGAGAUUGAAGACAGCUACAGAGAGACUGAAGACAACUACAAAGAGACUGAAGACAGCUACAAAGAGACACACAACAACAACAGAAAGAUGUGAAUUGACUAAAACGAGACUCAAAAUGACCACGACUUUCAGUGUGGGGGGGUCCUGCUCCUGAGCAGGGUCAGGGUCAGGGUCUGUGCCCAGGGCCUCGUUGUCUGGUAAUCCAUCCAUGCCAGGGGACGUGUGCAGUGGGUUAUUUGAGACAGCGUGAUACGCCGAGUGUGGUAUGUAGAAAAUGGUGGCGUGGGGAGAUUCUGGGGAAGUCAGGUCUGUUUAUGUUUACGUUUUAGAAGCUGCCAAACUGCCCUGUGUUCUUAUUGCUGUCUUUUGAUUACCACAUUACUACUAUGUUGUUACUGUCUAUGGGAUUUUAUGUAAUCACAAAGCAGGAGUGGGGGGUGGGGGGUGGGGGGUGGGGGCAGCAGAUGAGCUUUUAUUCAGUGAGGGCGGUCAGGUCGCCGGAUGAUCCAGUACAGUCUCAGGCAAAAGAAAAAAACCUGUGUGUGGGAGGUCAGGGAUCGCUAGCUGGCUAAUUCAUCGAUCCUGCAACCCCGCAAUUGAGGAGGGGUGGGUCCGAAUUUGUUGCCAUGGUGACAGAGACGGAUGUUAGGUGGAUGUGGGUCACUAAUGAUGUAGAUAGUAAUCAUGCCAACUAUGUGAGUGUGUAACCGUGUCUCUGUGUCGUGGUUCACGUACACUCGCCAUCAGUGAAUCUGUAGUUUUGGUGUGUGUGUGUGUGUGUGCGUGUGCGUGCGUGCGUGGGUGCGAGUGUGUGUGUGUGUGUGUGUGUGUGAGAGUGUAUUAGCAUGCAUGAGAGACGUGUAAAUCUGUGUGUGUGUGCAGUUAAUUAAAUUUUGUGGUGCAUCAAAGUUAUUUUCUUGAACUUGUGUUUUAGUGCAGAGGAAGAAAUCAUAAGUCUCAGUUCCAGCAUUUAAUAAAUUCCCCAGAAGAAAAUUAGUCUUUCUGCAAAAUAUAUUAUAUCAGUGUCACUGUCGAGGUACGUCAAGUUAUGAAAUGAUUUUUUUUUUCUAUUUUUAUGUUUUUGAUGAAAGAGCCAAAUAUAAAAGUUGAUAUUAGAGUGAUAUAAUUGACCUGUAGAAUGCCUUGCCUGCUCCUCUCUCUGCUCCCGUGUGAACAGCGCCCUCUGCUGACCACAGGAGGCUCUGCUGCAGCGGGACCACUGAGGCUCUCUUGAGUUAUCAUAAAGUAAUCAUGAUAAUAAUGCAUGAAAUCGUUGUAUAGGACUCAUUAUAUAUUGAAUACUAUGUAAUUCUUAAGUUGACUCCAAAGUGUUUUUUUUUUUGCAAAGUGAGAUUCGCCAUCAGUCAACGCAGCUGACAGGAUUCCUUCUUGUGUUAUAUUAAUCACAGUUUACGGUCAGAGCAGUACGCCCAAACAACACCCGAAAAAAGUACUGCCCCACAAAGCCCAUUGUGUUGGGGGUCAGAUUUUCUUCUGCAUCCAGGAACCUCACUUUAACCUGAGCCCAGAAUCCAUAAGCUAACAGCGAGGAUGCUAACAGACAGAAGCUAACAAAGCUCAGGCUCCGAAAGAGAAUCAAAUCCCAGUGUGAAGAGUUAUUUACUGAGACACAUAACUUCUUCUUCUUAUUAUUAGAUAUCACAGUUUAGCUGUAGAGAAACAGCUCUUUAGGCAAAGGGAAAUAAAGCCUUGUCUACAAAGUACAAAAAUAAUUUCAGCCUUGUAAAACCACUUGUUUAGGAUUUUAUUCACCAAAUGUCUGUGAAUUAAGUGAGUACUCGUUUUAAACUGAGGGUUAAUCCGGUCGUACUUUCUUUCAGGGUUCAGGUUCGGGACGGGGUGUUGGAUGACCGGGUGGGGUUUUUAGGUUGGGUUGAUUUCCAAAUACUUUCAGGUAACUCGGGGCGCGAGGCGCCGUCAAAUCUGCGGAGCAGUUAAAGGUCUACACUCGUGGCUUUUUCAUGUUCAGUACAAACUACUGCCAACUGUUUCCCCAACUUUCAAACACGUGUGUGUUGGGUGAGUUUUCAACUCAGACUCCUCCACAGGUGCCGUGUUGUAAUGAUGAAACUACACAAUAUUAAAUGGUAUGAUCCGUUCAGUUAUUUAUGGCUAUUUGAUGUAUUUACACUUACAUCUCUGUGUAGUCGUUUGCAUCCUUUCCUGUGCCGGACUUAAACUGGAUUCAAGUUAAAUAAAUAUUAAUAGUGAUAGAUUUAAGUUUAUUUUAGCUCCCAUAGAAACCCAUUUAAAAAUCUAAUAAUGUAAAGUAUGAAGAUGCUGAAAUAUGAGAAACCACCAGUAUAGUCCUCUACAUCUCAGCUGUUACUGGGCUGCUAGUCUGCAGCGAGGCGGUGGGGUGUGACUGGGGUAUGAUGGAGGCAUUACUGGGGUACCGUUGGGUAGUUUGGGGUGCUGUCAGGUCAGGUUGUAUUAUUGUUCUCAGUGCUUCGGUCUCUUCAGUCAAGUGUGGUAGAUAAAAAUAAUAAUACAAGCAUUUUCUGUGUUUCGUGCUCCGGCCCAUGUACACUACCGUGGUAUUGGUUGAUUGUAAAAUUCAGUAUGUUAUUGAAGUAAAUGGAACCUGUGUGUGAUGAUGUCCAGGGUCUGGUUUGUCCUGUACUACUGAAAAUAAAAAAUAAUAUUAAUGAUGAUUAUUUAUGAUCUAGAAUGCACUCUUUGUUGGAGAUACUUUGUUUGACCACUAUUAAAGGGGCCGUCGGCACCAAAAUCAAAGUUUCGUGUGAUCACGCCGUCGUUUUGUUAGACUGAGAUAAAAGGUUAUGACAUGUAGUAACGCCAGUGACAUCAACUAUGAGGUCAAUAUUACAACAUCUCCCCCAUUAAUGCAGAUGAUGAAAGAAGAAAAAAACCUAACCCAAUUUAACAAACAAGUAAACAUUGAUUUUGUCGUGUGCUUCCCCUUUAACUUGUUUCUUCUGAGUUGUUUCUUCCUGUUCUGAAGGUGUAAAAACGCCGUGUACAGAGAUGUGUGUCACUGUCUAUUAGCUGAAUGUCUCUGGACUGCAGUCUGACCGUCACUCCAAUAAAAAAAGAUAACAUGUU